AUGGAAGGCGAAGAAGCGCUUGGGCAGCCGAUGGGUGGGGAGGGAGGAAGCAGAGGAAGGGGCAGGGGCGGAGGUCGUGGCGGCAGCAGGGGCGGGCGGGGUGGCAGGCGGCCGCGUGCAUCGAGCGAAAGCGGCGAAGGGGGCGAGGCAUCCUCCAAGACUGCUAACAAAAAGCCGCGCAGAGAAAUACCCAAGGACAGCCCCAUCCUCGCCCUCUUCCAGUCCUACUCUGCCACACUCGACGAUCUCAACGACAGGCACGAGCGGCUGGUCAAGCUGUCGCGGGACCUGACGAUUGGCAGCAAGCGCCUCAUCUUCCUGCUCCAGCGCAAUGACGAACGCUCGGCUCUCCUCCAGCAGGCCGACACCGACCUCGCUGUCAUCCUCACCACCCUCGAGAAGAUCGUGGCCGAGCUCCAAGGCACGGGGCGCCCACGCCAGGAGUACUGGCGGUAUCGCCGCGCCUUCAGCCCCGGCCUGCAGGAGUUCAUCGAAGCGGUGUCGUUCCUCCACUACAUCAAGCACGCCGCCCUCAUCACCCGCGAGGAGGUGGAGGAGGUCAUCCGUGCCGGCACCCCCAACCACGUCGCUUUCUUCGUCAACGACGAGGACUACCUGCUGGGCAUCGCCGAUCUUACGGGAGAGCUCAUGCGAAAGGCCAUCGGGGCGAUCAACGCAGGCGAAGUUGAGGAAGCGCACGCCAUCCGCGGCUUCAUCCAAGCCAUCUACGAGGGGUGGCGGUGGUGGUGGGUGCGAGCUGACAUGUCAUGGUUGGCACAACGCGAAGGCUUCCAGCAGCUCACGACCGACAAGAAGAACGACCUGCGACAAAAGAUCGGGGUCAUGGAGAGUAGCGUCAAGAAAGUCGAAAACGCCUGCCUCGCCCUCUGCAUCCAAGGCGUCGAGAAGCUCGCCCUCCUCGGCACCCCCACCGAGGACUAA